AUGGUCGUCGACACGAACGCAUACCUCCAAGUAACCGGCAGCCAGAUCACACUUGAUGGCCGCCCGAUCCUGCUCAAGGGCGCGUCCCUUGGCGGGUGGAUGUUAAUGGAGAACUUUAUGGGCGGCUUCACGGGGCAGGAGAACCAGGCGCGUUCGGCGCUCGCUGGCGUCCUUGGUCCCGAGAAAGCAGCCUACUUCUUCGACCGCUGGCUCGAGCAUUACUUCACGGACGGCGAUGCAGCAUUGCUCGCAAAGAUCGGCUUCAACUGUGUCCGCAUUGCGGUCAACUACCGCCAUUUCGAAGACGAUCUCGAGCCACGCGUCCUCAAGCCCGACGGGUUCCGACACCUCGAUCGCGUCGUUGAUCUGUGUGCUCGGCAUGGCAUCUACACUGUGAUAGACCUGCACGCCCUACCUGGUGGCCAGAACAUCGACUGGCACAGCGAUAACAAUACCAACCAAGCCCUCUUUUGGGACCAUAAGGAUUUCCAGGAUCGCGCCGUUUGGCUUUGGGAGCAGCUGGCCACACAUUACCGCGACAAUACCUGGGUCGCGGGGUAUAACCCUAUGAACGAGCCAACCGAUGCCCAGCAUACCCGCCUUCAGGCGUUCUAUCUGCGGAUCGAGAAAGCGAUCCGCGCCGUCGACCCAGACCACAUCCUCUUCCUCGACGGCAACUCGUUCGGGUAUGACUUUUCGGCUUUCAAGACACCCCUUCCCAACUGCGUGUACUCGUGUCACGAUUACUCGGUGUAUGGCUUCCCUUCCGCGCCGGAGAGGUACACUGGCACAGACGAGCAGAUUGCGUAUCACGAGCGGACGUUCCAGCGCAAAGCCGAUUUCAUGUUAGCGACAGGCACGCCGAUCUGGAACAGCGAGUUUGGGCCGACCUAUGCGAUACCUGCAGACAAGGAUUGGGAGGCAGUUAAUGCGGCGCGCUAUGACGUCCUGCGCCUGCAGCUCGACAUCAACCGCCGUCACGGCGCAAGUUACUCGCUCUGGACAUACAAGGACAUUGGGGUCAUGGGUCUCGUGUACCCUGACGCCGGGACGCCACUUCUUCGUCUCCUCGCCCCGUUCAUCGCAAAGAAGAAGGCCGUGUCCGCCGAUGGGUGGGGAUUCGACGAAACGCCCGUCAAGCAUGUCUUCGGUCCGCUGGAGGAAUGGUUCGCCCAGGUCUCGCCGGGGCUGGAGAAAGCUUACCCUCCCACGUGGAAGAUCAAGAAACACGUCCUGCGCCAAGUGCGAGGGCUGCUGCUGAGCGAGCAGCUUGCGAGCGAGUGGGCAUCGUAUUUUGCCGGUAUGGACGAGGACGAGCUUGACCAGCUCGCGCGCAGCUGGCAUAUUGACAACUGUGUGCAGCGCGAGAAACUCGUGGCGAUCAUGAGCGAGGACGCGCUUUCCACAAAGUGGUAA